AUGACGGACGCGCUGGUCCGGGGCGUGCGCGAGUCGAUCGCGCUGGAGCGGCAGGAGGCGCUGGCGCUGCGCGACGCGCUCGAGUCGGCCUCGCUGCACUCGGCGCAGUCGCAGGGCCGGCUGUACGAGACCGAGCGGCGGCUGCGCUUCACCGAACGCUACGUCAAGCGGCUCGAGUGCCACCUGGCCGAGAUCGAGGAGAUGGCGGAGCAGUACGGCAAGCAGCAGCGGUUGCGUGACGCCACCGAGCGGCUGGCGGCCGCCUUCAGCAGCAGCGGCGGCGCGCAGAGCCAGCGGGGCCUCUCGCAGGCCCGCUCCGGCUUCAAAGAGUGCACUGAGGAGAUGUGCCUGAUGGAGGCCCAGCUGGAGAACAAGAUGGGCACGCUGCUGUUCGAGCUCAAAGGCAUCCAGGGCUUCGCGCGGCUGUGCGCCGGCGACGUGUACGAGAUCUGCGUGCGCCUGGGCGGCCAGGAGUGGCGGUCGCGCGCCACCGUCGGUCGCGAGCAGGAGCAGCGCUGGAGCCGGCCGCGGCGCGUGCUGCGGCCCACGCUCUCCGACCAGCUGGUCAUCAAGGCCUCCGAGGUGAAGACGUUAGGGAAGCACGUGCUGGGCACGAAGGUGUGCGAGAUAGGGGAGCUGCUGAGCGCGCACACGCAGCAGAUGGUGAUCUACCUCAACUCGACCGGGUCGCUGAAGCUGACGCUGAUCGUGACCUGGAGCGCGAUCGAGGCGUUCCCGGAGGAGACGCUGAGUCGACAGGCGUCGGCGUCGAGCCCGAGCCUGCGCCGCCGGCCCACCAUCAACUCGCCCCGGCUGGGCGGCGACGCUCGCCCCGCCGCCGCCGCCGCCGCCGCCGCCGCCACCGCGGCUGAUACGUACGUGGACGGAAGCGACUCCCUGCUGCUGCCGGCCGACGUGGCCUCCCCCGAUCUGUCUGUGGACUCGUCCGACUCGCAGACGCUGCCCAACUCGACGCCAGACAUCCUGCGCCGCUCCGCGGGCCCCGCGGCGGACCGUUCGCCGGAGCGCGACAGCUGCAGCAGCGCCGACAGCGUGGAGGCGGCCGAGCCGGACGGCGACGACGGCAGCGCCGCCUACACGCUCCAGAAGCGACCCGAGAUGCGCCGCGACUGGUUCGCCACCGUCGAGCGCAAGAACCGCGCGCGCCGCGAGCAGCAGGCCGCCGAGCAGCAGGGCCAGGAGUCGGCGCCGCCGCCGCCGCGGCCCGAGGCGUCCGCGAGCGCCCUCUGCGUCGAGUCGGCGCUCGACAAGUUCAGCUUCCUGCAGGGCGAGCACGAGGAGGCCGAGUGCAAGCCGGACCUGCUGGAGCCGGGCAUGACGGCACGCACCUCCGACUCGGGAAUCAGCUCGAUCGUGCACCAGCUGAGCGAGGAGGCCGAGCCGCGGCCGACCGGCGGCGGCCGCGCCGACUCCUGCCUCGGCCUCAGCGACAGCGGCAGCCUGUUGUCAGCCCUGGACAUGCGAAUCCUGUGCAUCGAGACCAAGUUUGGCUCGCUGCUAGCGUCAGGCGUGUCCCGUCUGGUGGUCAGCCGAUGUCUGGACCUGGCCGAGGUCGCCGCCGACCACCAGCUCACCGUGUUCGCGCUGCGGGACUACACGGCCGACACCAGCCUGGACCGGGUGGUCGAGGACCUGGCCGAGGAGGUCCAGCUGACAGACGCGCUGCUGUCGCACAACGCCGAGUCGAUCGGCCGCCGGCUGGCGCAGCUGGUGUACAUGUUCCCGCCGCGACCGUGCCUGCGCGUCGUCUGCCAGCUGCUGGCGUCGGCCGGGCCGCGCGUCGCCGACACGGUGCGCGCCUGGCUGCGCGAUGUCAGCAGGACCGACUGCAUGCUGGAGCAGUUGGUGCCCGCCUUCCUCGAGCUGCUGGAGUCGGAGGCGGCUUCGGAGCGCGAGGGUGCCCACUAA